CAUUCUCUCUCAAUAUCCGGACUAUUACUCAAUCCCAACCUACCUACCUACCUUCAACAUGUUCUUCAACAAGUCUAUCCUGGCCGCUUCCAUGGUCCUCUUCACCUCCGGUGUUGUUGGCCAGCUCAUCGAUAUCGAAUACGGCUAUACUUCCUCUGGAGAAACCUUCACCCAGCAGAUCCAAUUGAAGGAGUUUACUGAGCUGGACCACCCAGGCGACUACACCUACUUCUCCAGCCCCGAUGUCUGCGAUCUCUACAGCAACGACAUCGACGACGCCGUCUACUCCGACGUUGAAGGCUCCUCCUGGUUUGAAGAGACAUACCUCGCCUACGUCUACUGCUACGAGGACUACACGGCCAUCAAGGUGUAAAUCACCCAUCCCUUCUACGACUUUUACAUAGAACGGAUAGACAUGUGUACGACCGACAGAAUAAGCGAUAAGACGAGAUGUUAUAUAGACAAAGAUGAGGGACUAUCUGCAAU